AUGAAUCCAUACACACAAAUUAGUGUUGCGCUUCUUAUGAUCGCCGUCAAUCUGUAUUGGAUCGCCGCACUUUUUAUCAUCUUUCUCAGAGCCAACGAGCCCCAUUUUCAGGUUUUAUCGCAGUACAGUGGUCGCUUAACCUCUGUAGCUUCCUACGCUAGCGGUGCCAAAAAGACAGAGAAGAAAUUCUGCUUAACGACAGUUGACGUUCCAGUCCAGGGCAGGGCGCGCGGCGACGCAUCGGCGGCGCAGGCUACGCCUUGCAAGGCGUCAAACAAUGCCAUGCAGCACGUUGGUUUAAUGGUAAAUUGGGUGCGAGACUCUGCUCUUGGGCGUGUGUGGGUAGGUCGUCGGAAUAGCUUCUGUAUCUUUUACCUUAGUGGGAUUUUUACCUGUGCUGGUCUAUGGACCGCGGCAUUCAUGUGCUCCACUCCGUCUUCACUGACGAAAUCGAACCCAGCUGCACCGUUACGUAUUGAGGCCAGCUUACCUCUCCUAGCAUUUUCGAUUCACGUCUUAGUGCGCUUAGUGGAGUGCUUAAUCCUGCAAGAAUUUCGUGACCAAAAGGAAGACCGUAUGUUGCUCUUUGCGACUCUUGCCGGGAGCUCUUUUUACAUUUUUGUUCCGCUUUCUAGCAAUGGCUUGUUGAUUUAUUUCAUAUCACUAUGGAGUUACGAGGCUCCACCUGGUAGAACAUCCAAAGAUCUCCAAAGUGAUAUCUUUCUUCAUUUCUCUACAGCGGAUCCUUUUGAAUUCUACAUUUCUAGUCGUUUGGCUCAGUUACUAAUGUGGUCUCUUUUCAUAACCCACAUCCUAGUGCAGCUUCUGCAGGUCCUUCACCACCGCAUCUUGUCGGAGCUACGCCGUUCAUCUCCCUCAUUGUCAAAGGGAGACCUUUCACCCAUAGUCUUUUCUGCGAUAGAUCAAUUUUCGACGAUCGAUUCGAAUAUAUUGCCUUCUGAUCAUAAGGACACUUUCCGCGAAAUCAAAGAUAAAACCAACAGUGGAUGUCAACAGAUCUUUCAGGGCUUGUGUGGUUCUAAAAAAGGUGAUUUCAGUGUUGCAGUAUUUCGAACCGGUAAGAGCCCAAAUUUGUUGAUCAAAAGUGGGGUCUCCGAUCAUCGUGUUUGGACUUAUCGGUUCCCUCAACGGCUCCUGUUUCCUUAUGUACAGGAGCCGCAUUACAGCUGUGAGAUUGUGAUGUACGUGAUUAACUUGAUGGAAAUGCUUGUAUUGUUUCUAUCACUUUUUCCUCGUCGCAUGUCUUUACAUACGUCAGGAAAGUCCACAUAUAUUCCGAUCGUCCCACGUGAGCCUUUUUGCCCAUUAUUUUCAGUAGAGCAUAUAGCCUGGAUGCAAUUAUCUGCUGCGCUCUUAGUGGGACUAUUUACGCUAUGUAACCUUGCCAUUACUUCAAGUGAACAUCAAAUGUUUUGGCUGUAUCUCAAUUCUACCAGGAAAUUUGUACGGUGUGCUAUAAACCAGCUUCGUGACGCUAAGCAGCAAACGCCUAGACAAGACACUCUAAGUUGUGAUAAGUCUUCCAAGACAGUUGAAAAGUUCACCCAAAAUGAAGCAGUGCCAAAAUGGCGAUUGUUUACAUUUAUAUAUUAA